AUCACAUGACUUAAAAAUGUUGUAGGUUUAAAAAAUAAUAAUAAAUAAGCGUGUGUGUGUUAAGCAUUGUUACACAGAAAAAAGGAUGUUUAGUAACUUGCGCUGAUCGAACCUGUUUAGUCUUGUGACGCUUCAUCACCAUUGUAGUAUAAAAUACAUAUUCGUGCUUUAUAGAAUUUCAGUAUUAGUAUGGAUAUUCGUUUUUCUCUUUAUAUUCUUUCACAGUCUUCUUCGUACAUUACAAGAAAUUCCAUAAGCAUUUAAAUAAAAGAUUAGACGACAGGUAUUUCCAUUAAGAUGGCGAAACUGAUGUCCCGUACACCUGACAAAAGAACUUUUCGUUUAGUUCAUGAACAAGAAUUAACAGAACGUGAUGAGCUAAAAGCUCGGUUGGAAUUAUGUGAAACGCCUGAAAGGAGGGAAACAGGAAUGCGAGCGCUUAAAGCAUUACUUGCAAACAUUCAAAAUUUGAACAGUUGUAUGGACGACGAUUACCUGCUCUCUUUUCUGAGAGUUCGAAAAUUCGAUUGCGACCAUGCUGUGACGCUUAUCCGGGAGCACUACAGCAUCCGGGCCCAGUACCCGGCCCUUUUCCCCUCCCCUUCGAAACUGGAACCUUUGCUCAGAAAUGGAUUCGUCAACCAGCUGCCAUACAGAGAUGAAGAAGGACGAGCGAUUUUCGUAAUCAAAAUGU